AGAGAAGUUUUCGCUCUUUCCGAAUGUGAACGGAGUGGUUGUGAAUUGUAUUUUUUUAUAAAAUAAAUCAGUAUUUGUUUCGAUUCAGUGGACUUCAAAGAUAUAUUUACACUUUGCACUAAUUACUGGGAAGUCAGAAUGUCUUGCCAGGCAUCUGUGAGGAGAGCCACACAUGCUGGUAGUUGGUAUGUUAGUGCAGCUUCUGAAUUAAGUAACCAACUGGAGAACUGGCUCAGCGUUGCUGGUGAACCCAAUCAUAGUCCCGCUAGAGCUAUUAUUGCACCGCAUGCUGGUUAUCAGUAUUGUGGUGCCUGUUCAGCUUAUGCAUACAAACAAGUUGAUCCAUCUAUCAUAAAACGAGUUUUCAUUUUGGGUCCUUCUCACCAUGUCCGCCUAAGUGGUUGUGCCUUGUCUCCUGUAAGAACUUAUCGCACACCCUUUGGGGACCUUUCCAUCGACCAGACAAUUUAUGACGAAUUGUACAGCACUGGUCAGUUUGAAGAAAUGAGUCUUUUAACUGAUGAAGAUGAACAUAGUAUUGAAAUGCAUCUGCCAUUUAUAGCAAAAGUGAUGGAAAACCAUCAGUUCACCAUUGUGCCUGUUUUGGUUGGUUCAUUAACAACUGAGCGUGAAAGUAUUUAUGGUAAAAUUUUCAGUCAUUAUCUUGGCGAGGCCAGUAACCUCUUUGUUAUUUCAUCUGAUUUUUGUCAUUGGGGUGCUCGUUUCCAUUACCAAUAUUAUGAUAAAUCUUGGGGACAAAUUUAUCAGUCCAUUGAAAAGUUGGAUGAAAUGGGAAUGAAUAUCAUUGAAGAAAUGUCUCCAACUGCUUUUACUGCAUACUUGAAAAAAUAUGGAAACACAAUAUGUGGGAGACAUCCUAUCGGUGUUUUAUUAAAUAAUUUAUACAGAAAUACACUUGAAGAUAAUGCUGUUCUAAAACCUAAACUAGAAGAUUAAAUGUUGAAUUAGGUUGAGGUGAGGGUAUAUGAGAAAUUCUAGAUAUUCUAAAAUUAUCUUAAGUUAUAUGAAAAUAAGUUGUCUCCUGAAGUAUGUUGAAAAGUCCUGUUGUCUCUGUUGAAAAGGAAACUGAACUCUGAAAUAAGAGCACCAGUGCGCCAGGCUAGCAACUAUGCUGUCUAGCCGUUACCCUUGAACUUACACCUGCUAUUUACUUGAGAAUGCCACAUCAUUUUGUAAUUGUGAAUGGUGGAAUGAACCAGUACUUUGUGUGUUUAUUUGCAUUUAAAAAAUGAAAAUCCUAAAGAGUAAUGAGUUUAUGUGAAGUUUUGUGUAAAAUUGGAAAAAAAAAAAAAAUGUGCUGCAAAAUUUCAAAUGUUGCAGCAGAUUUACGGAAAGGAUUGUUUGAGCCAGUCCUGUUAUUGUAAAUAACACCAGUAUUUCAAAUCAGGUAUAACACCCACCUAAGAUGAUCUAAAAAAUGGGUGCAUAUUCACAUCACUGUGGGGUUUUUAAUGCAGAGAAAGUGCUGUAACUCAUUUAAAUCCUUGUUUAAUUGCUUGGAGACCACUGAAGAUCUAGGCACUACCAAAAACUCAUGUCACCUAUUUUCGAGUGGAAAUCCACAGAUAUAUUUUCUUAAUUGAUGAGCAAAAAGUGAAAUGAGUUACAGCUAGAUGGAUGUUGUGUUAAAUCGUUCAAAUGUAAUGAAAGGUGGAUUUAACCAUAUAACAUGAAAAACAGAAGGCAGUCAUUGCAGUUAGAGCAUCAUCACCGAGGCUUUUUUUGUCUUGGUGAUCAUCAGAGUUUAUCCAUUGUGAAGGUGAAUUGCUUUUUUCAGAUUGGCUAGGAAUUCCUUAUCCUGAAUAGAUUAACCUUUUAACUGUCAAGUUAUUUUGAUGAUUUGGGUGCAUAAAUUGUAAAUUUUUUUUAUUCCAAAAACGAAAUGUUUGCCUCAAAGUCAAAAAAUCAAAAAAAUGCCACGCACUUUGAACUUUAACCUCAAUCCUUUGAAACCUUCAGUCAAAUGCUGCCAUUGUUGAACUGAAGCCAAAAUAAACUUCUCACAAUAUAUAUUCGGGUAUAACAAUACGAUAAACUCAAAAAAAAAAAAAAAAAAAAAAAAAAAAAAAAAAAA